AAAGUCAAGGAAAGGCAUGGAUACGGAGAGAAGACUUUUGAAAACCCUAAAGACAGAGUUGCAACAACUCAAAAUCCAUGCAAAUUGCAAAAACAAGCGUGAAAAGUCCAUGGUGUUUGGAUUUUAAAUCAUAAAAAGAGCGGCUUUCAUUUAGAAAAAGCAAGGUGAAGAACUGAAGAUCCACUCAUAUUAAUCAGGGGUGGGUCAUGGUUUCUGAAGUGACAGUUGGGUGCAUUAACUCUUCCAACGCGGCUUUUGCAUGAGGAAGAUGAGCAAAAUUUAAGACCUUAACCGUACUCUCUUCCAAGCUUCCAUGGCUUCAUAUUUUCCCUAUAUAAACCCUCCUUCGAGCCCCCAACAUCUCAUCAAGGUCAUCUUUAGGUUUAAGUAUUAGCAUAGAUGACUUGUUCUAAGCUCCUUCUUGUUUUGUUUCUUGGUGCAGUUGUUUGCACCACUAGUAGUGCUAGGAAGCUCACGGAAGGGUUUGAGGAUGAGAAGAACCUCCUUCAUCGACCGAGAUUUGGUGGUGGCUUAGGAGGAGGAGGUGGUGGUGGGUUUGGUGGUGGAGGUGGAGGAGGGUUAGGUGGUGGAGCUGGAUUUGGUGGGGGUGCUGGUGGUGGGGUUGGUGGAGGUGGUGGACUUGGCGGAGGUGGGGGUGGAGGGUUCGGAGGUGGGGGAGGUGGUGGACUAGGUGGUGGUGCUGGAUUUGGAGGAGGAGCUGGUGGUGGGUUUGGAGGUGGACUAGGUGGUGGUGGUGGAGCAGGAGGUGGAGGUGGGUUUGGUGGUGGUGGUGGAGCCGGAGGUGGAGUCGGUGGUGGAUUUGGUGGUGGAGCUGGGGCUGGUGGUGGUCUUGGAGGAUUCCCAUGA